CCUUAGCGGAUCCGAUCUCCGAGAAGACGAGGACAGUGACACUAGAGUUAGCGACGGCUGCGACGAAAGACCAAAAGGAGGAUCUUACGUUGAACCUGUUAGAGAAUGCAUUAUCACCGGGGUCGAGAAUCGGUCGGAUGGUCUCUGCGGAUCUUAGCUUGAAGAAGCUUGAAGAAGCUUGUCGGAUCUUAGCUUGAAGAAGCUGGUCGGAUCUCUGCGGUUCUAGCGUGAACGAUACUGUGAUGAUGGUUGAUGAUGGAGGAAAGUAUAAGGAAGAUAAGAAGAUGAAUCUUGAAGAAUCUGGAGAAACAUGGAACAACAUGGUUCUGAAAAAGCUUCUUCGUCCAGCAAGGUACUUCGACCCUCCCGACGAAGCUGAUUCGAUGACUGAUUCUUCUUGCGAUAGCUCUUGGGAGCAAGAAGAUGCAAAUCCUCCUAGGAAACGCUGCUUUAUAUGCGCUAGUUUCGAGCAUGUCGGGGAACAGUGUUCGAUGGGACACGACUCUUGUCCUAACGACGGGUCCGUUUGCUUAAGAUGCGGAGACAUGGGACAUGAUAUGUCUUUGUGCAAGUACGAAUACUCCGAGGAUGAUCUGAAGGAUGUGCGAUGUUAUGUCUGUAAAAGCUUUGGCCACAUGUGCUGCGGCGAGGCGCUCUCGUCGUCAUCGUGGGCUGUGUCUUGCUACAAGUGUGGUAAGCUGGGUCAUGUCGGGCUGGGGUGUGGUAGACACUACGAGGAGCCUCCCACGUGUUGGGGGGAAAGGCAUUGUUCAAGUAGGUUAGCUGAGAAGAAAAGGAGACGCCUUGCGAAGGCUCUUGCUACUUCUGCGGCCAUUAGGGAUAGGCUUGAGAAGAAGAAGCAGAUGAUACUGGAGCAGCAUUCCACUCUUGAUGAAUCCAACGGGAAGGCUGAGAAGAGUGAUGGAAGCUUUGAAGAGGGUUCUACUUCCCACGGGAAGAAGAAUGAUGGAUACUCGGAACAGCAUUGUACUCUUGAUGGGAAGACGAAGAAGGAAAAUGUUGAGUCGGAACAGAAGGUUACUAAAGAAGAAGAGGAAGAUGGAUCAAAUGAUUGGAUAACAGAGGGUUUGAUCUUUGGAAAGCAUCAGGAGACUGAGUUCUCCCAUUACACCAUCAGGUCAUAACCAUUGAUCACCAAUAGUCAGUUCUGGUAAGCAUUACUUGUGAAAACCAUACAGAUUCACUUAAUUCGAGUGUUGUGGGCAUCUCUCGGGUCUUCCAACUUCAAGGUGGCUGGCUGCUUUAUUAUCCUCAUACAUCUUCCCAACAUCAUCAUUACUGUUAGCAGCACAUAUAUGGUCAUGUACCUUCAAGGUAGUGUUGUUUUGUUUCUUCUCUUAGACAAGUAGUUUGUGUCUGUCAGUCCUCAUUUUGUUAAGUGGUAUGUUUUUGUUCUAAUUUAUGAAAGAUAAGGUUUUGAUGGCAAUGCAAGGAAUCAGAUUCGAUAGUUCAAUAUACUAAGUAACUGUUAUAUUUCCUA